AUGGCUGAGAAUCAUACUGCUCAAGAUGUAUCAUUCAGUCCACCUAUCAACAGUCGCCAUCUAAUUCAGAGUACAGGGAAUACCUCAUCUCCAGCCAAGUCAGUAGCUGUUACAUCCCUUGUUUCUGCUAUACAAGCCCCUAUUAUAGAGGAAGACAUUGUGGAGAACAAUAUUCAGAUGGUAGAAUCUACAGGGAUGGAUAUCGAGAAAGGAGUCUCACCUCACAACUCUUUAGCCCUGGUGGAAAACCAUAAGAAUCCAGUAGUUCCAUCUCUGAAAACCUGGAAAAGGAUAGGCAGCAGCAAAGGCAGAUUACAAAGAGCUUCAGACCCACCUCUGUUCAUUGAUCAGACCCUAAUGGGAAAGAGGGACAGAGAAGACAUCAACUAUGGGAAAUCCAUCAAUAUCUGGGAACAUCCUUGGGUUCCUAAGCUGCCUGGGUUCAAGCCUGCUGGGAAAUUUCUAAGGAAUCCAGAGCUUCUUUGA